ACGCGCGCUCAGUGGUCUCCAAUCCUGCAGGACUGGAAAAUGGCGCAUUGUUGUUGCGAGGUAAUCGCGUUAGUUAGCCUGGCACACCGAUCGAUAAUGUAACUUUUGAUUAUUUUUAACAAAUAUUUACAAUUUGCGUGCAUGGUACGAGUUCAAUCGCUAGCUAGCAUUAGCUGCUAUCACAACAACACAGAUUCUUUGUUUUCGCACAAGCGAUCUGAUCAUAAUGGGUUAUUUGAAGCUGAUAGAGAUCGAAAACUUCAAAUCUUACAAGGGCCGACAAAUCAUCGGCCCCUUUCACAAGUUCACUGCGAUUAUUGGGCCCAAUGGAUCCGGCAAGUCCAACCUCAUGGACGCCAUCAGCUUUGUGCUGGCUGAGAAGACCAGUAACCUGCGUGUGAAGACUCUGAAGGACCUGAUCCACGGAGCUCCCGUGGGGAAACCAGCAGCCAACAGAGCGUUUGUGAGCAUGGUGUACCAUGAGGACAGUGGAGAAGAGCGCACCUUCACCAGAAUCAUCAUUGGCUCGUCGUCAGAGUACCGAAUCAACAGUAAGGUGGUGAAUCUGGCAGAGUACAGCGAGGAGCUGGAAAAACUAGGCAUCCUCAUCAAGGCCAGGAACUUCCUCGUCUUCCAGGGUGCUGUGGAGUCCAUAGCCAUGAAGAACCCUAAGGAGCGUACCGCUCUGUUUGAGGAGAUCUCCCGGUCUGGGGAGUUGGCUCAGGAGUACGACCGCAGGAAGAAGGAGAUGGUGAAGGCUGAGGAGGACACACAGUUCAACUACCACCGCAAGAAAAACAUUGCAGCGGAACGCAAAGAGGCCAAGCAGGAGAAAGAGGAGGCUGAGCGUUACCAGCGUCUGAAGGACGAGGUGGUGAAAGCCCACAUCCAGAUGCAGCUGUUCAAACUGUAUCACAAUGAUGCUGAGAUCGAGAAGCUGAACCGCGAGCUGUCGCAACACAACAAGGGGAUUGACAAGGACCGCAAGAAGAUGGACCACGUGGAGGAGGAACUGAAGGAGAAGAAGAAAGAGCUGGGGAGGAUGAUGAGAGACCAACAGACUGUGGAGAAAGAGAUCAAGGAGAAGGACGCUGAGCUGAACCAAAAGCGACCCCAGUACAUCAAGGCCAAAGAAAACACCUCCCACAAGAUAAAAAAACUAGAAGCAGCCAAGAAGUCCCUCCAGAACGCCCAGAAGCUGUACAAGAAGAGGAAGGGGGACAUGGAUGAGUUGGAGAAAGAACAGGGCUCCGUGGAAAUGGCCCGGCAGGAGUUCGACGACCGAAUGGAGGAGGAGGCCCAGAGCCAGGGACAGGACCUCACACUGGAGGAAAAUCAGGUGAAGGUGUACCACCGUCUGAAGGAGGAGGCCAGUAAGCGGGCGGCCACUCUUGCCCAGGAGCUGGAGAAGUUCAACAGAGACCAGAAGGCAGACCAGGAUCGCCUCGACCUGGAAGAGAGGAAGAAAGUGGAGACUGAGGCAAAGAUCAAGCAGAAGAUCCGUGAGAUAGAGGAGAACCAGAAGCGUAUUGAGAAGCUGGAGGACUACAUUACCACCAGCAAGCAGUCUCUGGAUGAACAGAAGAGAAUGGAGGAGGAGCUGACUGAGCAGGUGGAGGGGGCAAAGAACAGGAUCGACGAGAUCAACCUGGAACUCAAUCAGGUGAUGGAGCAGCUAGGAGAUGCCAGGAUUGACAGACAGGAGAACAGCAGGCAGGCACGCAAAGCAGAGAUCAUGGACAGCAUCAAGAGACUGUACCCCGGAUCUGUGUAUGGCCGUCUGAUCGACCUGUGUCAGCCCACUCAGAAGAAGUUUCAGAUCGCUGUGACCAAGGUGCUGGGCAAGAAUAUGGACGCCAUUAUCGUGGACUCAGAGAAGACCGGUAGAGACUGUAUCCAGUACAUUAAAGAGCAGAGAGGAGAGCCGGAGACCUUCCUGCCCCUCGACUAUCUGGAGGUGAAGCCUACAGAUGAGAAGCUGCGUGAGCUGCGUGGAGCCAAGCUGGUGAUCGAUGUGAUCCGCUAUGAGCCGCCUCACAUUAAGAAGGCCCUGCAGUACGCCUGUGGUAACGCACUGGUCUGUGAGAACGUAGAGGACGCUCGACGCAUCGCCUUCGGAGGGCCCUACAGACACAAGACGGUGGCCCUGGACGGUACUCUGUUCCAGAAGUCUGGUGUGAUCUCGGGUGGAGCCAGUGAUCUGAAGGCUAAGGCCAGGCGCUGGGAUGAGAAGGCUGUGGACAAACUCAAGGACAAGAAGGAAAAACUCACUGAGGAACUCAAGGAGCAAAUGAAGGCUAAGAGGAAGGAGGCAGAGCUGCGUCAGGUCCAGUCUCAGGCCCACGGCCUCCAGAUGAGACUGAAAUACUCCCAGAGUGACCUGGAACAGACCAAGACCCGACACCUCUCCCUCAACAUGCAGGAGAAGUCCAAGCUGGAGAGUGAGCUGGCUAACUUCUGCCCUCGCAUCAACGACAUCAAGAGGAUCAUCCAAUCACGUGAGAAGGAGGUCAAUAAUCUGAGAGACCGUAUGAACGUUGUGGAAGACGAGGUGUUCAUCGAGUUCUGUAAGGAGAUUGGCGUUAGGAACAUCAGAGAGUUCGAGGAGGAGAAGGUCAAGAGGCAGAACGAGAUCGCAAAGAAACGGCUGGAGUUUGAGACCCAGAAGACUCGUCUGGGCAUCCAGCUGGACUAUGAGAAGAACCAGCUGAAGGAGGACCAAGAGAAGGUCAUGAUGUGGGAGCAGACCGUCAAGAAGGACGAGACCGAGAUAGAGAGACUAAAGAAGGAGGAGCACCGCCACAUGAAGACCAUAGAUGAGACCAUGUCCCAGCUGCAGGACCUGAAGAACCAGCACCUCACCAAGAAGUCAGAGGUCAACGACAAGAACCACCAGAUGGAGGAGAUACGUAAGAAACUAGGAGGAGCCAACAAGGAGCUGACCCAGCUGCAGAAAGAGGUGACGGCCAUCGAGACCAAGCUGGAGCAGAAACGCAGCGACCGCCACAACCUGCUGCAGGCCUGUAAGAUGCAGGACAUCAGACUGCCGCUACGCUCUGGGACCAUGGACGACAUCGGCCAGGGAGAGGGGAGCUCCCAGCAGGAGGAAUCUAACAGCAGUCAGAGAACGUCCAGUACUGUCCUGGCUAAAGAGGCUCUCAUAGAGAUAGAUUACAGCAACCUGUCUGAAGACCUCAAGGAUGCGCUUGCAGAGGAUGAGAUCAAAGCAGAGAUGCACACACUGCAGCAGCGUCUCAAUGAGCAGCAGUCUAUACUGCAGAGGAUCAGCGCACCCAACAUGAAGGCUAUGGAGAAACUAGAGUCUGUCAGGGACAAGUUCCAGGAGACCAGCGAUGAGUUUGAGGCGGCCCGUAAGAGAGCCAAGAAAGCCAAGCAGGUGUUUGAGCAGAUCAAGAAGGAGAGGUUUGACCGCUUUAACGCCUGUUUUGAGGCUGUAUCCACCAACAUCGAUGAGAUCUACAAAGCCCUGUCACGCAACAGCUCUGCCCAGGCCUUCCUUGGGCCAGAGAACCCUGAGGAGCCUUACCUGGAUGGGAUCAACUAUAACUGUGUUGCCCCUGGAAAGAGGUUCAGACCCAUGGACAACCUGUCUGGAGGGGAGAAGACUGUAGCCGCCCUGGCUCUGCUGUUUGCCAUACACAGCUACAAGCCUGCCCCAUUCUUCGUCCUGGAUGAGAUUGAUGCUGCUCUGGACAACACCAACAUCGGCAAGGUGGCCAACUACAUUAAGGACCAGUCAGUGAAUACUCAGGCUAUAGUGAUCUCUCUGAAGGAAGAGUUCUACACCAAGGCUGACUCGCUCAUAGGGGUCUAUCCAGAGCAAGGAGAUUGCGUCAUCAGCAAAGUACUAACCUUUGACCUGUCUGUGUACCAUGAUGCCAACCCCAAUGAGUAGAACCCCAACGAGCAGGACAUCACUCGGAGGAGAGGAGCGAAAUUAAAUGACAGGCAUACCUUUUAACUCAUUGGCAUUUUGACACUCUGCUUGGUCAACUGAACCAUGGUUGUAUUCCUUAAUGCAGGCAACUGAAAACGUUUUAAAACAUUUUGUAACUGACAAUGGAAAUGAGUGUUUUUUUAAAGUCCAGCUAGUCCCUCGCUGUUUCUGCCCAUUUUCUACCUCUUUUUUUUUUAAACUCACUGAAAUGUAUGUAUCUGAAAUCCUGGUAAGUACAGCCUGCUUGGGCAUUUUUCAUUUAUUGUGCUACUUUCAUUAUCUGAUUUGUGUUAGAAUUGGAAAAGCCUUAGGUCUCAUUUGAUGUCUGCUUCAUUGCCAGUCGGAUGUCAUCUGAUUCCCCCCAAGUCGAACUAGCUUGGAUCCAAACUGAGUUGUUCUGGUUGUUUCACUUCUUCACGAUGUGGUUCAAUGUCAGCAAUGCCUAUGGUUAUCAUUUCUCUGCCUUUUGCCUAAGAUCAAGUGUAGUAUCAAGUCAGGAAUGGCUAGUUGGUUUCACCAACAGGAAUGGCACCAAAUAAGAGGUUUUUGUACAAUGUACAACCAUAAAGAAAAACAACCCAAGGAAAUACCUUUGCAGUGUUGGAGAAAAACAGUAUAAUACCUUUCUCAGUGUUGGAGAUGGAGAACCUGUCGAGUUUGAGGUGGAUGAAGAGAGCAGACACACAUUUGGGCCCUGUGUUUUGCGCAAUUAUCUGCCACAGCAAGAUUUUAUCGUGUAUUUUAAGGGUUAUUUUGAAAUGAGAAUGCACCAAAAAUGAAAGCUAUUGUCUGAGGAUGGUGCUGGACCAUCUGACCUAAAAUAAAAGGGGACAGUUUGAUGAAAAAGCUUUAGAUGAAGGUUAAAAUCCAGGCAUGUCACAUGACUGUGCAAAAUACAGGACCCUACUUAUUUUAUACUGUUUAAUGAUCUUUAAUUGCAUCGAGUACAUUACAAACUGUCGUGAGAUAAUCAUGGAACUCCAUUAGGGUGACCAAUAUCAUUUUAUCACCUAAAUAGAGGUGACAACUGGUGAACAUCACUUUAAAAUGAUCAUGAAAAGCAAUUAUUACCUUAGGCUUUGCUAAUAAUGUGUUUCUACUGUAGCACGUCUAGGUACAUCUGUUUCUAGCAGAAAGUUCCUAUCCAAUCUUUAUGAAUUGUAUUAUCACUUUUGGACAAUUUAUUUAGGGGAUAAAGUUAUUAGUAGCUGAGUACCAUUGAUUUGGGGAAGUGAUGUCUGCUUUUGAUAGUGGCUUUGAAAGUGUCCCAUGGCAUUUAUUUUUAAUCAGUCCAAGACAUAUGGGGUAACUCCAGUUAUGGGUCAAUCCUGCUUCAGAAAUGUUGCGUAUUCCAUUGACAGUGGAUUGAUUAUUUUCAGUUAAUAAACACAACUAUUUUAGAA